AUGAGUGUCUUGUUUAACCAUCGUGGCGUGGAUUAUUACAAAGGUGAUUUUGUGGCACUGCUUGGUUCCAAUUCAUCCCCAUGGAUCGCACAAAUAGUUUCCCAUGAAUCAUUUCCUAUAGAAGAUAGUGGCGGAAAUGGAAUGGGUGUUAAAGUUUUAUGGGCCUGGUACCCUGAGGAAUUCAAAUCAGAGCUAUUUCCAGACCUGGAUACCACAUACUACAGCCAAUAUGAAGUGAUUCUAUCAAAGUUCUCUGACUUAAAUCCCCUAGACUCCAUUAUAACCAAAGUUACAAUUCUGCACUAUGACCAGUUUGUGCAUUUGGAUGAAUACCCUCUUAAAGUAGACAACAUAUAUAAGACUAUGUUUUAUAGGCAAACGUUUGAUGAUAAGGGGUUGACACCCUUAUUACCAUUAGAGUGUAAUGCAUUAUUUGGAAUUGGAGAUUGGAAACUUGUUCCUAGAAAUCCAGAUUUGGUAUACUACAAAUGCAAAAUCUGUGAUGUGAUAUACCAAAGGCCUGUUGAACGGACGUUUAAGCAGCGGCCAUCAGACCCGGAUAUUACAAUCACUUGUUCCAAUUGCUUGUCAUGCGUACAAGGUACAACACCUAGUGCUGAUGUAAAAGGGGAUAAGAGGCCUAAAAGGAUUUUAAGAUUGGAAUCUUACAGAAAACGAACUAUUGUUGACAGUGAUUCAGAUAGUCCAGUUGAUGCUGGACAAGUGAUAGACGAGGAUGACGAUGAAUAUAAAGUGGAUUUUGAUUCAGCUAAGCGUAUAAAAAGCACUAAAUCUGGCGGACAUGCCGUCAGAUUUAGUGCAACAAAACUAAAUUCCUUCGAAAAACAAAUAUUUACUACUGCUGUGGAGAAGAUUCAUGAAUGUCUCUCAAAAGGAGUUGCCGAAAUGCAAUCUAAGAAUGUGAAACUGAGCGUUAAUGUAAUGUACUUGGCGGAAAAGAUAAUCCAAUCCCUAAUGGAUGUAUAUGGAGUAAAUUCGCGAGAAUUUAAGCAAAGGUUGUACGAGAUAUACACUAAUUUGAAGAGAGAUAUAAACUCUGAUUUGAGGCGGAGGGUAAUCUGUGGCAAAUUGCCUAUACAUAAACUAAUAACUAUAGAGACAAGGUUUUUGGCGCCGCCAGAUCUCAUUGCGGAAAGAGAGAAGGAAAGAGACAAGCAUUUUGCCAGAAAUGUACUAAUACCUAUCACACAUACCCAAAAUGAUACAACUAUCACUAGUGAAAAAAUUGACACUAGUUCAACACCAGAUAAUGUAGCAAAAUCUCCAGAAAUAAAAAUCAGUGAUUAUCACAUAGAUGCAAUGUACAAUAGAGCUGUUGAAAGACUGAAUAAAUUACCUAUCGACUACCAAAAGCCCUUUAGAUCAGUAUUGGAUUGCGCCGUUGAGCGAGUGAGGAGGUUGUUGGAGACGUAG